UUUUCUCCAAAAUUCACCUCCAUCCUCUUUUCUAAUUUCUCCAACUAGAAAUUGUCACUUUUCUCUUUCAUUCCCACGAACAAUUUUUUUUUUGGGUCUUUGAUUUUGUAACAUCACAAAAUUAAAGGUCCAAAAUGAAAAACAGACAACAAGAUCAUGUGGUCACUUUUAUUUUGGCAGAAACCAAUAAUGUGAGGAACAAUUUUAGAAGAAUUCUUCUAAGAAUUAUGAUUACGUUCAUCUUCUUCUUUUGUCUAUUAUAUGUUUUAUACUCCCUAAUUUGUUUAAACCCUUCAUUCAAGUCCACACAUAGACCUUUAAAUACUUUUAUUAGAUUUAACCAACAAAAUCAGUCAAAUACAAUCCAAAAAAACCCUAAUAUAAAACCUCCAGAAAAAACUCAGCUUCACCAUAUUGUUUUUGGCAUUGGAUCGUCACGUGCCACGUGGAAAUAUCGAAAAGAGUACGUUAAAGUAUGGUGGAAUCCAAAUAAAAUGCGAGGAUUUGUAUGGUUAGAUAAGCCUAUAAUGUCGAAAAAUCAAAGCAAUAUGAGUAGUACAAGUAAUUAUGCUAAUGUUAUAAGUACUACUUCUUCUCUUCCACAAAUCAUGAUUUCAAGUGACACGUCACGAUUCAAGUAUACGAACAAAAAAGGCAAUCGGUCGGGGAUUCGUAUAUCUCGAAUCCUAUCGGAAACAAUAAGGACGGAUUCAAAAAAUGUGAGGUGGUUCGUGAUGGGGGAUGAUGAUACAUUUUUUGUGCCCGAAAAUUUGGUUAGGGUUUUGAGGAAAUAUGAUCAUAACCAAUUUUAUUACAUAGGGAGUGUAUCGGAAACACAUUGGCAAAAUCAUGAGUUUUCUUAUAAUAUGGCUUAUGGAGGUGGAGGUUUUGCUAUAAGUUAUCCAUUGGCAAAGGCAAUUGAGAAAAUACAAGAUAAAUGUAUACAAAGAUAUCCAUAUUUGUAUGGUUCAGAUGAUAGAAUGGAAGCUUGUAUGGCUGAACUUGGAGUUCCUCUCACUAAAGAAGUUGGAUUUCACCAGUUUGAUCUAUAUGGUAAUGUAAUGGGCCUCCUCUCAGCCCAUCCAGUUGCCCCAUUGAUUUCUCUUCAUCAUCUUGAUAAAAUCCAGCCCAUCUUCCCCAACGUAAGCCGAGUUAAAGCAUUGAAACGGCUCAACAAGCCCAUUAAUUUGGACGCAGCUGGGCUCAUGCAACAAUCCAUAUGUUAUGAUGGGCCCAGGAAAUGGACCAUUUCUGUCUCAUGGGGCUAUUCGGUCCAGAUAAAUAGAGGCAUCUUACCGGCCCGUGAAAUAGAAAAGCCCAUUACAACUUUCAAUGAUUGGUAUGAAACUGGUGAUGAGAAUUCCUUCACAUUCAAUACAAGGCCUUAUCAUGGAAAUGGUUGCAAAAGGCCAUUUUUCUACUUGUUGUCUGAUGCAUACACGACUAAUCACACAACGACAAGUGUAUACACAUACGAUGGGGCACCUGGACGGAGGUGCAAGUGGCAUACGGCUGAUCCAUCCAGGAUACGACACGUGGAAGUGUACAAGAAGCCUGAUCCAAAUUUAUGGGACAAGUCUCCAAGAAGAAAUUGUUGCAGAAUUUUGCCAACAAGCAAGAAUGACACUCUUUUAGUAGAUGUAGGUGAAUGCAGAGAUGGUGAAACCAUCUAAUUGUAGUGACACAAACUAAAGAGGAUUUUUUUUCACUCUCUU